AUGGGUGGCGGAGGAGUUAUGAAGACGCUGGCGAACGUUGCCGGAAUCUCUAACAUGCUGAACGAUUGCUCCGCCAGCAUAGCCAGGUUGGGCUCAAGGGGCGCGCCAGCGGUGGUGUCGGCUGCAGGGGUCUCAGCUAAAACCGCCGUGGUGGCGCCGCUGCAAACAGACGACUGGGAUUUCGCCGGCGACGGCGUUUUGGUCAUGGCGGCCGGUGAGCCAAUGCCGAGAGUUGUGUUCGGCGCUGUGCCCACCAUUAAGGAAGCCAAAGACGCGACAAACGAAUUGAAAGGCGCUAUUGAUGAAAUAUACUUUUCUUCCGUCUCAUCUCAAUGUGAUGGCUCAUCCAAUCCUCCAGUUCCAGUAGCUUUUCAAUUGCUGAGUACAAGUGCUAUGGCCCAGAAUGUCGUGGCUUCCCUUGUGUCUGACCAGAAUAUAUGGAAUGGAGUCAUGCAAAAUCCUGUGUUUAAUAAUUACUGCCAAUCUUGCCAGACAGUAGAAGAAUUAACAAACUUGGCUGCACCUUCUGAAAAUGAUGAAGCUUGCUAUGCAUCUAGUGAAGCUGUGGAAACAUUUGAAAAAGAGGAAGCUGCGUCUGAUUCGGAAAAAGGUGGACAUGCAGUUGAUGCUUCUGAUGCGGUGGAAACUCCCGAAAAUGUGGAAGCGGUUUCUCUCUCCGGAGAAGGUUUUUUAAUGUGUCUCUGGAAGAAUUUAAAGCGUAGAGUUAUUAAAACAUUUUCUGCUAAAAUGCGUCCUCUUAAGAAUAUGAUGCAUACAGUUACUGAAAAAAUAAGCAGCUUGUUAAAUUACCUUCAGAACAUAUUUGCAACACUUGAGAAAAAGAAUCCGUUUGCUGAUGCUGAUGGAAGUUCCAAAGCUGGAAACUUAUUGGGAUUGGCUUUGAUAGUGGUAUUCAUGGUCCUGCUGAAGCGAUUGAAGUAGUCUACGCAAAAUUAAGGCUUUUUAAAGUUGGGAGUUUAAGUAUGAAUUACAUUUGAGCUUUUUAAUUAUUUUAAAAGUUUGUAGCUAAGUGUGAAAUACAU